AUGGAUUAUUUAUUUCAGAAAUAUGCUCAUAUGUUGGAACAAGCGGAAAAACCACAUCGCGGUGUCAUUGUGUUUAAAGAUGCAGAUGGUGUUGUUUUUCCCGGUCCCUCAAAAUCGGAUUCUUCCGAAACGGUAACAAUCGCGGUGAUGGAGCGGUGUCUCCGAGAGUGGAUUUUACGUGAACGCUAUCCAAUAUACAUGGAAGCUCAUGUGGCUGAUUUGUGGGAGAUCGGAGCCACUGAUAUGGCCCUUAAACAAAGCCAAUCCGGGGAUAAUGCGGAUGGCGAAAGCAGUGAAUCGACAACGGAUGAAGUGACCGCAUUUCCCUAUCGCCUGGUCGCUUUGUUCUUGCUCAACCCGCCACAGUCAAAUGAUGAUCUCUCCCACCAGUUCAAAGAAUUCGGUCGGAAUAUCGCUCACAAACGUAUCCCGGAGUUGGUGAAGCACUUUCAGUUCGCUUGGACCGAUCAGUCGUUGGACAUAUUAAGCAAUUUGGCCAUGGUGUCCCUGGUCGCCCCAAGUUUGAUUGUUGUGGAUCCGGUCACUCGUGUAAUCUAUUUGAACCCGAACCAGACCACAGUGAACGGCCUGUUCAGUUUGGAAUCUAAAGUGGUUUUCAGUUACUUGCUUGCUGUUGUCGAUGGUCGUGUACCUGAAUUUGUGCGCACAUCUCCAAUUGUUGCACUACUCGUGUUCGGUAUACCCACCAUGUUCCUCGGUUGUGUGGGUUAUCUGUGCUGUUGCCUAGACGAACGAUACGAUGACACUGAUCUACAUACUCGUGAUUUGCCCACGAUGGACGAAGCUCAUGCGAUUGCUGAAGAGUCCAAUGUUCCGAAUGAGUCCGAUGAACCGGAGGACGAUGAGAGCGCGCGUGACCGGAUUCGACUACGUCAUGCAACUCGCUCACCUAAACGUGCCGCGCGAGAAGUUACUGAAUUGGGUCCAGUGAUUUCAAAAGAAGAAGUCGAAGCCCGACGAGCAGCCUAUCAGGAAUGGAAAAAAUCCAAAUGA